GCGAGCGUGUGACCGGGUCGGACCUUAGACAGGAAAGAUAGCUGACAAAAACAGUGAGGCUUUCACGAGCUGUGUGGUCGUCCUCAAGAGGAAAUCAUCUCUCAUUCAGCAUGAAGUACAUGGUCCUGGGGCUGUUUUCACUGGCUCUGCUGGGAUUUGUCUGCGCACAGGACACAGAGAGUCCAUCAUCCAGCACCACAGCAAUGACCUACAAUAACACCUCCAAUACAACCAGUCCAUCCCAUAACAACACCACUGACAACAGCAAUACCAACUCCACGGGAACCAGUCCCACCGGUACCCAGACCCCCGCUACCGAGACCACAGGACCACCGACCAGAACCACAGUGAUGACGAGCGCGGGCGGCGUGACUGUCAUGACCACCAUGAUCACAAAGAGCGGACAGAGCCACAGCCUCACCUCCGUCAGCCUGCUGGUUGGAUCGUUUGCUCUUCAUGCACUUUGGCAGUGAGCGCCCUCUUGAGGCUUAGCGCUGGAGUCCUAAACUAACUACUUGUUUAACAAAAGUUGCAAUAGAGGAAAAGCAUUUUCAGUCAUCCGUGUUACAAACAAAAUGAUGGUUCAUGAGAUUAAAUGAUGAUUAUCGACUCACAGUGACGGAGCCAGUUUAUCAGUUUGCCAACAGGCAACAGGCGUGUGAAGGAAAAUGCAGAUGGUUAUGAAUCAUAAUGGCUUUAAGCAUGUUUGUUUGCAUUUUAAGAGAUUGAUGCGGCCUCAUCUGUAUUUGACGGUGGCAUAUCCUAAAUCACAUUUACGCUUUGUUCAUACCAUUGAUCUAUCGCUUGUCCCAUGUAGUUGGUCAGUCGGUUGGCUUGUAUGUCCAAAACAGCAAUAAACACUGAAUAAACAGAGAGUGAAAAUAUUGCAAAUAACUGUAUAUCACUAGUGUGUAAUGUGUCUAUUUGGAAAAUCAUUUCAAUAAAUAUAUAUGAAUAGUGACGUGGAUUUAAACAAAAUUGUGAGCCGUUUUAUGGUCUAAUGGCUGAAUAUGUUCAUGCUGCAGAAACAGGAUAAAAGAUUAAACAAGCAGUCAGCAGCAGCAGUGACGAACAUGGAAUCACUAACUCACAAAAGUGUGCUUCAUGCUUCUGUGCUACAGCUCCCAUUUUCUUUCUUAUUAACUUUGUUUAUUAUCCUGUCUGUUAACUUGUCGUGAUCAUACAUUGUUUUUUUUUUUUUUUA